AUGGCUUCCCAACGGGAAGUAAGCCGCGCGAGGAGAUUCGUCGCGCUGUUGUUUGCUGUCGUCUUCUUCGCAAAGCCAGAUGCUGCGCCUUCGGUAGCUGAUGCCGCAGACUUCACCAGGAAAGGCUCUUUCUCAUACGAAGGGGACCUACUGCAGCAGACCGUGACAGAUUCGUAUAGUAUCCAGAUGAAUGCGGGUGACGUGCUCUCGGUCUGGUGCAAAAAUGCCAAGGGCACCUCUCCACCCAAGUUCCCCCCAGAAGUGUGCAUGGCGGUUGGAGUGAAUUGCAGACCUGAUUGCACUGUCAGUUUGGCUUCGUUGUUGGCCCGGAAUCCUAAAGCGAUCUCAGGGGAGAGUGUUUCUGGCGAUGCGCCUCUCAAGAUCACGAUUCCGGACCAGGUGAACUUGCCGACAGUAUUCAGCUUCGCUUGCGUUUCCCCGAACAACGGAUCGCCGACAGUCCAGUUUAACGUCACCGUCAGCCCGGGAAAAAAAGGUGCCAAAAUGUGGGCGGGGACUGACCCAUCCGCGUACAGUGGGGCGACUAGCCUCUCUCUCGUCGGCUCCUUCUUCGUUUUAGCGGUCACGGCUCUUCGCCCGAUCGCGUGGCUCUAA